GUUGUUAUUAAAAAAAAAAAAAGUGCGGUGAUCUUUUGUCAUUUAACAUCGAACAUGAAGUGGUUGCUAUUAUUUGUGGUGCUUCUUAGUCUAUAUUUAGCGAAUGCUGAUUUGAACUAUAAUUAUUAUCGCCUGCCGACGGCACUUCGACCACAAAAGUAUAACCUACGUAUUCUUACUCAUUUGGAAAAUCCCAAGGAAUUUCGCUUUAGCGGCAGUGUGAAGAUACUAAUUGAAGCCCUUCAGGACACAAAUAACAUAACCCUUCAUUCGAAGGAUUUGACCAUCGACGAAUCGCAGACAACUCUUCGCCAAAUUAGCGGAAAUGGAACGAUUGAUAACUGCGUAACCUCAACGGAGGUGAAUCCCAACCACGACUUUUACAUUCUGAACACUUGCCAACAGCUUCUGGCAGGUCAUGUCUACGAGCUGAAAUUGAUUUUUUCUGCCGAGUUAAAUAAACAAUUGGAGGGCUACUACCGAAGUUCUUACACAGAUCCCGUGGCUAAUGUGACAAAAUGGAUCGCCAUUACUCAUUUUGAACCGGCUUCGGCUCGAUUGGCAUUCCCCUGCUUUGAUGAGCCUGGUUACAAGGCUCCCUUUGCGAUAACAUUGGGUCAUCACAGGAAGUUCACGGCUCUCAGCAAUAUGCCAGUGAAGGAAACAAAGUCCCAUGAGUCACUUCCCGAUUACAUAUGGACCGAAUUUCAGGAAUCUUUGCCAAUGUCCACCUACCUAGUGGCAUAUUCAGUGAAUGAUUUCUCACACAAGCCUUCCACUCUGCCGAAUGGCACUCUAUUCAGGACCUGGUCAAGACCCAAUGCCAUCGAUCAGUGCGACUAUGCCGCUGAGUUUGGACCCAAGGUUCUCAAGUACUACGAAGAACUAUUCGGAAUAAGGUUUCCGCUUCCGAAAGUGGAUCAGAUCGCUCUCCCAGACUUUAAAAUUGGUGCCAUGGAGAACUGGGGUCUGGUGACUUAUCGAGAAACUGAUCUUCUUUACUCAGCUGAAUUCUCCUCAUUGAAGGACAAACAGGAACUUUCAGACACGGUAGCCCAUGAGUUGGCCCACCAGUGGUUCGGAAACCUGGUCACCAUGAAGUGGUGGACUGAUCUGUGGCUCAAAGAGGGUUUCGCCACAUAUGUGGCUACCUUAGGUGUUGAUUACAUACAUCCAGAAUGGCAUUCCGGUAAGCUGGAGUCGCUGUCUAACCUGCUCGCCAUUUUUCGAAAGGAUUCCCUGAAGAGCAGUCAUCCCAUUUCGAGGCCAGUUGGAAUGGUUUCCCAAAUUACUGAGAGCUUUGAUGAGAUCUCGUAUGAGAAAGGAUCAUCGGUGCUGCGCAUGAUGCACCUGUUCCUUGGAGACGAGUCAUUUCGAUCUGGUCUGAAGUCCUACCUUGAAAGGUACUCAUAUAAGAACGCCGAACAGGAUAAUCUUUGGGAGUCACUCACUGAAGCUGCCCAUAAAGCUGGUGCUUUGCCAAGUAACUAUGAUAUUAAAACUAUUAUGGACUCGUGGACUCUGCAAACUGGCUAUCCUAUCGUUAAUGUGACUCGUGACUAUACGGCUAGGACUGCAAGUCUCAGACAAGAACGCUACCUUCUUAAUACCAAUUUAUCCAGAACCGAUCACAAAGAGUGUUGGUGGAUCCCUCUGAGCUUCACCAACCAGGAGGAAAAGGACUUCAACAACACGGCUCCCAAGGCGUGGAUGGAGUGCAGCAACGGGGGUAAAAGCCUUCCCAAGACUAUUGAGGAUCUUCCUGGACCCGAUCAGUGGGUAAUCUUCAACACUCAGCUGUCAUCACCGUAUAAAGUCAACUACGAUGCAAGGAACUGGAAACUUCUUACAGAAACUUUAAACAGCGAGGAUUUCCGAAGCAUUCACGUAAUUAAUAGAGCUCAACUAAUAGAUGACGUCCUGUUUUUCGCAUGGACAGGGGAGCAGGAUUACGAGAUAGCAUUGGGAGUGGUCAACUAUCUGCAGAGAGAGCGAGAACUUCUUCCUUGGAAAUCAGCCUUGGACAAUCUGAAACUUCUGAACCGCAUUGUUCGACAGACACCCAACUUCGGUUUCUUUAAAAAAUACGUAAAAAAGAUAAUCACACCUGUCUACGAACACCUGAACGGCAUCAACGACACAUUCAGUUCGAUCCAGCAACAGGAUCAAGUUCUUCUGAAGACAAUGGUGGUCAACUGGGCCUGUCAGUACCAGGUUUCCGAUUGUGUGCCCCAGGCUUUGGCAUACUACCGCAACUGGAGAUCGGAGGCCAAUCCCGAUGAGAAGAACCCGGUGCCCAUCAAUGUGAGGAACACGGUUUACUGCACCUCCAUUAAGCAUGGAUCCGAAGAGGAUUGGGAGUUCCUGUGGACGAGGUACAAGAAAUCCAAUGUGGCCGCCGAAAAGAGGACCAUUUUGACCGCAUUGGGUUGUUCGAGGGAGGUGUGGCUGUUGCAACGUUAUCUGGAGCUGACCUUUGACCCCAAGGAGGAAAUUCGCAAACAGGACUCAAGGUGGGCCUUCCAGGCGGUGGCCAAAACCGAGGUGGGUUUCCUGCUAGCAAAAGAGUACUUUAUGGACAAUGUGAUCUAUAUAAGCAAAUUCAACCAUCAUCAACUUACUAAGUUCAUCGAUCCCCUUGAACUACAGGUAUUCACUCAGAAAGACUACGAAGAAUUUAAGAAAUUUUUCAAAGAUUCACGGGAAUCCUUCAAGGAUUCGAAGGAGGGUGUCCAACGGGCAUUGGAAGUAAUACUCACCAAUGUGCAAUGGAAGGAAAGAAAUUAUGAGCCUUUCUCCAGUGCCUUACAAAAAAAUCUCUAAGCAAAAUAGUUUGGUGUAUUUGUGAGAACAAUAUCAAAAUGUUUUAAAUAAAAUAA